AUGUUGACGACUGUAGUAGCUACUUUCGCUUUGAUCUUUACUGUUACGUAUGGUCGAAUUUUACUUUACAAUACUGAGAAUAAUCAAACAAUUGAAAAAUUCGAUUGUCUAUAUUAUAUUUACGAUGAUGGUGAGGAAAUUUCAUAUUGUCGACGCCUAAAUGGAACUGAACGGCUAGAUCGAAAUAGGAGUGAAUGUGAAAAUCAAGGAGUAAGACUAUUGUUCCGUGAUCUACUCAAUAAAAACGUUAAACCAAGCGAUAUUCUUAACUGGAGUUCAAGUGUAGAGAUGGUCGAUAUUUAUGCUGGUUUGUUCGUUAAUCGGUCGUUAAAUGAAGACGACAAUGAUCAAUCUAUAUGCAAUUGUACAGAGUCGGGAACAUUCGGAAAAUAUUGUGAGUAUCAGUUAACUCACGAUGCUAAAUCGUUCAGUGAAGCCAUCAAGGCUCAAUUUAAACAAAAGGGGGAUGAUGAUUCAUGGAAUACUCAACGGUUUGGAAAGAUUCUAUGCUAUGAGACACUACCUUGUGAUGGUAGUGAUCUCUGUCUUGAUUGGCGAGAGAUUUGUGAUGGCACUCAGAGAUGUUCUAGUGGUAUCGAUGAAGAAAAUUGGGAUAAGUUAGAAUUCAACGAAUGUGAGGAUGAUGAAUUUCGAUGUACAAACGGCAUGUGCAUUUCAGAAGAAUUUUGGCUGGAUGGUGAGUGUCUUUACGUGUAA